GUUUUCCGCGCUGCACCCGCGCAGGAUUACAGCCAGCAGUUUUUGGAGAGACUCUUUAAUAUUUAUCUUCGUGAAGAAGCUUCCAGGCGCUGCGAAAUAUCAGCAACCCUUUGUUGACCCUGAUGGACCUCAAGACAUCCAUUGGUGAAGCAGUGGACAUUCAGUAGCUGCUCUUAUGAGCUUCAAAGCUGGAGAGGGACUGCACAUCACUGCUGGAAGGGAAGCUCCUGACCUUUAACCCGUGGAGCCACUGUCUGGAGUGAAAGAUGUUCAGCGCCACGCAGACGUCCAAGUCCCAGUUCCUGGACAAGGCUCGGCUGGCGCGGGAGGAGAGGAGGGGGCAUAAAGAGAAAGAGCGAGCGGCCACGCAGAUCCAGGCUCUGAUCCGCAGGUUCCUCUGCCGCUGUAGACUGCAGAGAGAAAUCAGGAAAGAGGUCGAUGACUUCUUCGCAACGACUGAAUCGGGAACCACAAAAAGAAAUGCAUUGUCCAUCUUUAAAAUCGCAAGAAAGUUAUUAUUCAUAUUCGACAAAGAUGAUAAGUUGAGAUUUGAGAAGCUCUGUCGGACGAUUUUAAGUAGCAUGGAAGUUGAAAAUGAGCCGAAAGUGUGGUAUGUUUCUCUGGCUCUUUCCAAAGACCUCACCAUCCCCUGGCUCAAACAGAUCAAAGAUGUUCUCUGGGUCUCCUGUGAGUUCCUGAAAAAACUGAAGCCGGACAUCAUGCAGGACAACAAAUUGGUGACCCUCUACCUGACGAUGCUCGUCACCUUCACCGAUACAUCCACGUGGAAAAUUAUCAGAGGGAAAGGAGAGGCCCUGAAACCUGCUUUACACAGGAUAUGUGAGAACAUCAUGGGCCACCUGAACCAGAAGGGAUUCUACUCUGUCCUACAGAUUUUAUUGACCAAUGGGCUGGCGCGGUCCAGGCCCUCGCUCUCCAAAGGCACACUCACAGCCAUUUUCACACUGUCGCUCAGACCUGUAGUAGCAGCUAAUUUCUCCGAUAACCUGCUGAGGUCGUUCCUGAUCCACAUCAUGUCUGUCCCCGCCAUCAUCUCCCACCUCAACACACUCACUCCAGAUUGUAUGAUCACCAUCCAGACUCAUGACCUCAUGCGUAAGUUUAUUUUGUUCGUGAGUCGUGAGGAGCAGUGCUCGGACAUCUGUGUGUGUCUGGAGGGAAGCCAUACACUCUGCUUACUCGGUAACCUGAUUCAGCUGGGCUACCUGAACGUGAAGGUGCUGGAACAGGAGGCUGGACACUUUGUGAAGGAUCUGACGGACAUGCUGUCCUACUGUCAGAGAUACGUCUCUCAGAAGAAGUCUAACCUCACUCACUGGCACCCAGUGCUAGGCUGGUUCUCCCAGACUGUGCACUACGGGCUGAAUGAUUCCAUGCCGUUGGUGACGAAGCAGCUGCAGUGUUUAUGGGGAGUUCCUGUGAUCUGCACGCUCUUCUGUGAUGUCCUCAGUAAAAAACUUGAGGUCCAGGAACCGACACCCGCUCCCCCUCCUCCUCAGCCCAACACACUACAGAACAACCUGCCUGUUAAAAAUCUGUUUAAGCGGGCGUUCCAGAAGUCGGCGUCGGUGCGGAACAUCCUGAAGCCAGUGGGGGGGCGGAGGGUGGACUCAGCGGAGGUGCAGAAAGUGUGCAGUGUGUGUGUGCUGUAUCAAACAGCCCUUACUACACUCACACAGAUCCGCCUGCAGAUACUCACAGGUUUGACAUAUCUGGACGAUCUUCUGCCAAAGCUGUGGGCGUUCAUCUGUGAGCUCGGACCUCAGGGGGGGCUCAAACUCUUCCUGGAGUGUCUGAAUAAUGACACGGACGAGUCCAAGCAGCUGCUGGCCAUGCUCAUGCUCUUCUGUGACUGCUCCAGACACCUCAUAACAAUCCUGGACGAUAUUGAGGUUUACGAGGAGCAGAUUUCCUUUAAGAUGGAGGAGCUCAUCACCAUCUCGUCUUUCCUAAACACGUUUGUGUACAAAAUGAUCUGGGACGGCAUUCUGGAGAAUGCGAAUGGGGAGAAGUUGGAGCUGUUCCACAGCGUUCAUGGCUGGCUGAUGGUGCUAUAUGAGAGAGACUGCCGCAGGAGGUUCACCCCCGACGAGCACUGGCUCCGCAAGGACCUGAAGCCCAGUCUGCUUUUCCAAGAGCUGGAGAAAGGCAAGAAGAGAGCCCAGCUGCUGCUCCAGUACAUCCCCCACGUCAUCCCGCACAAGAACAGGGUUCUGCUGUUCCGGAACAUUGUUACGAAGGAGAAGGAGACGCUGGGAUUGGUGGAGACGAGCUCCGCCUCCCCACAUGUUACUCACAUAACCAUCCGGCGCUCGCGCAUGCUGGAGGAUGGCUAUGAUCAGUUGCGUAGACUGCCUGUGAACUCCAUUAAGGGUGUGAUCCGGGUGAAGUUUGUGAAUGAUCUGGGAGUGGACGAGGCUGGAAUCGAUCAGGAUGGAGUGUUUAAGGAGUUUCUGGAGGAGAUCAUUAAGAAGGUCUUCAACCCAGCACUCAACCUGUUCAAGACGACCAACGGGAACGAGCGCCUCUACCCCUCGCCCACAUCCAACAUCCAUGAAAACCACCUGCAGCUGUUUGAGUUUGUGGGGAAGAUGCUGGGGAAGGCGCUGUACGAGGGUAUCGUGGUGGACGUGCCCUUCGCCUCCUUCUUCCUCAGCCAGGUUCUGGGACACCAUCACAGCUCCUUCUACAGCUACAUCGACGAGCUGCCCUCACUCGACUCCGAGUUCUACAAGAACCUCACCUCCAUAAAGCGCUACGAUGGAGAUGUGAGCGAUUUAGGGCUGACUCUGUCGUACGAUGAGGACGUCAUGGGUCAGUUAGUGUGCCAUGAGCUGAUUCCUGGUGGGAAGACCAUGCCCGUCACUAAUGAGAACAAGAUCAGCUACAUCCACCUGAUGGCUCACUUCCGGAUGCAUACGCAGAUAAAGGACCAGACGGUGGCGUUUAUCAGGGGCUUCCGGAGCAUCAUUAACCCCGAGUGGCUGCAUAUGUUCUCCACACCGGAGGUGCAGAGACUUAUCUCCGGAGACAACGCCGAGAUCGACCUGGAUGACCUCAAGAAGCACACGGUGUACUAUGGAGGCUUCCACAGCAGCCACAGGGUGAUCAUCUGGCUGUGGGACAUCCUGUCCAGUGACUUCACUCCUGAAGAGAGGGCUAUGUUCCUCAAGUUUGUAACCAGCUGUUCCCGACCUCCUCUGCUGGGUUUCGCAUACCUCAAACCGCCCUUCUCCAUCCGCUGUGUGGAAGUCUCUGAUGAUCAGGACACAGGGGACACCUUGGGCAGCGUGCUGAGGGGUUUCUUCACCAUCCGGAAGAAGGAGCCUGGGGGUCGCCUGCCCACAUCGUCCACCUGUUUCAAUCUGCUCAAAUUGCCCAACUACAGCAAGAAGAGCAUCCUCAGAGACAAGCUCCGCUACGCCAUCAGCAUGAACACGGGCUUCGAGCUCUCCUAACACACAAUCACUCGCUCACAAACUGGCGAGAGUUUGUGUCCAAGAUCUUACACACAGACAGCGUGUCCAUUACUCUCAUAAUACACACUCUUUACUGUUCCACAUCACUCUGAAAGGGAUCUUCUAAUCUUGUCCUCAGCAUCUGAAGCCAAAGGAGCUCCACAGGCCUUAGCCUCUUCAUCCAGGAGACUCAAACUUAACCUGUCUGGGCAAGAAGUCCAUCCAUCCACAUCGUUAGACCUUCUAUCUGUAUAAAGUACAUUCAGCUUGAAGAUGCCUGCACAGAUCAGUCACAAAACAACUGCAGAUCCAGACACCUCAGUGGUUCAAAAGGCAGUUUUGAAAAUGCUUUGUCCCUUCUGUCCUCGGCGCUAGCACUCCUGGACCUUUACUCAUUGUGAGGAAAUGUAUAAAACUGCUGAAAGUCUAUGCCAGUCUUUCUCAGGCCUGCAGGCGGAGACGUGUUCUCUCACUCUCUCUGCAUUGGAAAGCAAUACACAUACAACACAAGCCAUGCAACCACAGGACACCGAAGAAACUUGGCCUUCUGUCACACACACAAACUUUCUUACUGAAGCUUCUCUGAAGCUUGCUGAGACUUUUGUAUAGUAAAAAAAAAUGUGCAAAUAAAUUGCACAAAUGUAGAACUUUGAUGAUGUUAUUCAUAGUGUGGCCCCACAUUGAAAUAGCUAGAAUAACAAAUUUUCAAUUUUCUGUCCAAUAUUUUCCCUCAAACACUACAGAUAGAGAAGCGACUAUUGAAGAGGCUUUUGCACAAUAUUUAAAAAGUUCAACUCUUACGUCCAUUUGAACUUUUGUUUAACAGAUUUCAUUGCUCCAAAACGUAAAUAUGGAAAUGCACAAUGAUCAGACUGUUUUGAACAUGUAGAAAGAAAAUAAAUAGUUCAGUAUUUCCUCUUAGUGUUAGAAUAAAGUAGUUUGCACUGAAUAUUUCCAGCACAGUGCUGUUUAACAAUCAGUCUGUUAAACAAGUUGAAUUUGUGUAGAGGAGCGUUCUUUUGCUGGUAAAAUGAAUUAUUUUAGUAAAAUGAUUGUUUUCUUAUUAUUUUGUGUUUUUUUUUUUUUCCCAAAAACUGAAGGAUGCUAAGACAGUAAUCAUCAUUUUGUUUUUAUUUCUUAACACACUUCUUUAUUUUCCACUUCCUUCUGCAGUCGGGGCUGUUUGUUCUUGUCAGUGUUUUUGUCUGUCACUAGUGCUGUUUCAUUAUUUCAGCAUCUAGUCAACUCUUAUUUCCUUCCCAUAUGGGUCCUAUCUGACUAUGCUAAAUUAUGACAUGGUAAAUCCUGUGAUAACCCAAUCUGACCUGUCCUGCUUCUCAUGUUCCCUAAAAACUAACAAUCUGAGCAUUGGAUGGUCCUUGAUGUCAUCAUGUCUGUCUCCGAGAUGAUGUAAGGAUGGAAGAUCUGCAGUAUCUGAUUAUGGAGGACUGUGAAUGUGGCCUAUAUCUUGGAACUCACCCAACUAUAAUCUCCCCAGAAACCAGUCAAAGUGAUGAUAAAGAGAGACUUUGUAUCAAACCUGCCUUCUGUAUUACUCAACCCCACCCAGAUUAUCUGUGUAAUGCCACCCCCACCUUGUCCAUGCUCUCCAGCUCGUCUUUAAAGAGUGUUACACUGGAAACAAGCCAUAUGCGUUUCAGACCAGCUACCAGCUUUUUUCAGUGUUUCUUGAAAAGGAGGACGCUGAAAAGACUGGACCAAAUGAUGGAGGCUCCGUCCGCGGUUUUGAUGAGAGCAUUUUGAUUGUGUUUUGAUGGACGUCCUUGCAAACAGACUGGACGAAGCAUGCCUUAGAGCCUGGAACUGGACAGUGCCUCCUCUAGCAUGAUGUCAACAGAUGAAUCAAACCUGUGAACUUAUAAGGCUGUUACUGAAUUUGAAAACGAGGGUUUUCUUUCUCCUCCUGUUUCAAUACCAGAUUUAACAAGCCCUCGUCCGCAUGGCCCUCUGGAGAAUCUCAAAGAAGGUCACGUGAAGUUUACUGGAUUAGGCCUUGGAGGGGUGAAGGGGUGAAGCUAAAGUGUUGACUUUAGCUUUAGGGCACAUUUCCCAUUUCAUACCUGAAAGGGAUGGUGGACGAAGCUGUUUAUACUGCGGUAAACCCCUUUAAAGUGAAUAACAUUGUAAAACUACAGUGGCUUUAGGUGGAAAACCAUUAAAGCUCUUAAAUAUGACUGCUAAUUCAACUUUGCUAGAUAUCUAGUUAGCAUGCUAAAGGCUAAACUACUGCUUUACACCAAAAUGUAUAGUCAUAUAAAGCAGUUAUUCACAUAUAUAUUAUGUUUAAGCUUCAUAAAAACACAGCUAAUUGGCACAUUAAGGCUGAUCUAGCUGAGGCCGAGUGCGUUUCUCUCAGUCCUCUUCUGCGCUUGUGUAAUGUGGAUGCGACGUACCUCCGAGUGGUGGGUCGAAGUUGGCGAGCGUGUGUUAAAAUCAGUGUUGAAACUGGACCUGUCUCUUUCAGCUCUGUCAGUACUGUAAAAGACGACUGGUCACACAGAAAAAGCUUAAUUUUCUUUUAAACAGGGUUCCUCAAACUCCAUGAGCAUCAAUUGGUGAAUUAGCUUGCCAGAACUCUGAUGAGACUUACUAGUUUUUUUUAAAGGGUCUGAAGAGCAAUAGUUAUUUUUCAGAAGCGCCGAUGAAUGCAAACCUUUCCCUCGGCCAGUGGCCAGUAUGUGCAGUACUGGACAUGUAUACCUAAAUAUGUAUAAACAUUUGUACAGCAUGUUGUACAGUUGUACCCCUUUAACCACAAGGUUGCCAUCUGUCAUUUAACUAUGAGCUGUUACAAGUGGCAGGUUCCCAAACCCAGUCGUUGGAAACCUUUGCACUGCCUGUGUAUCCACUUCAGAUCUACAGUUUUCUCUUAAUCAGCCAAGACAUAUUUGGUGUCUGAAGAUUCAUUCUUUAGUUUUAGCACUACAAAACCAAUGAAGGUAACAAGUAGUGGAAGCUUACAGCCCAACAGUCCGGUUGAUGGACUGAACGUGGCGUUGUAGAUGAAGGUCACUAAAACAUGCAGUGCAGAGGUACCUGAAGGUGGGUUUGAGGGCCCCAGCUGUAAACCUGGUGGCUUUAACUGCAUCUGCAUUUUGCCCUCUUACCUCGAUCCAGUCUGUGACAGUCAAAAGUUUGGAUACACCAGAUUGAGUGUAUUUUCUUCAUAAUCUUAUGCAUAAUUCUGUAGUUAAGAUGUUCAGUGAUUCAGAGUGGAAGAGGAUCUAUGGUGGCUCCUCAUGAAGCUGCUUAAGAGCGCAUAAAGCCACACCAAACCAAAUGGGGGGCUACUGAACAACUUAAAAUAGAAGAUUUGAGAUGUGUUUUUUUGUGUGGCUAAGUGAACAGUGCUGCUCCUAAUGAGCUGACCCCAAGGGCUUUGGAUGGAGGGCUUUGUAGCUUGUGUGAUGAGGUCACUCCUCUGAAUUUAAUGAUGUCAUUAAGUCUUUGCUAUUUUUGUCCCCUUUUCGGAGUGAGAAGUCCAGGAAGCUUCUCAGUCUCUGUUUCUUGUGUGAAGAAAAGGACGUGUUUUUGAGCUCGGUUGCACUACAUGAACUGCAGGACGUUAUGAAAAUGAAAACGUUCGUUGGUUCAUUGUAAACUUCUCCAUGUGUACAGUAAUAUUUCUUCUGUAAAGUGUAAACCUAACGUCGAUCCAGUCAAUCCUGUCAACAUUUGAAUAUUCUAAAAUCUUUACUAAACAACCAA